AUGUCUCUUCUUUCUGAUUUAAUUAACAUAGAUCUUACUGAUUCAACUGAGAAAGUCAUAGCUGAAUACAUAUGGAUCGGCGGGUCGUCGUGCAUGGAUCUACGUAGCAAAGCCAGAACUCUUUCCGGUCCUGUUGCUAAUCCUCUCAAACUUCCCAAGUGGAACUAUGAUGGUUCAAGUACUAAUCAAGCUACUGGAGAAGACAGUGAAGUUAUUUUGUACCCACAAGCAAUUUUCAAAGACCCGUUCAGACGUGGCAAUAAUAUUCUCGUGCUUUGUGACACUUACACUCCCGGUGGAGACCCAAUUUCUACCAACACUAGGUACAAUGCCGCAAAGAUAUUCAAUGAUCCGGAUGUUGUUGCUGAAGAACCCUGGUUUGGCAUUGAGCAGGAAUACACCCUAUUGCAAAAGGAGUCUAAAUGGCCAAUAGGGUUUCCGGUGGGAGUCUCUCCGCCUGCUCAGGGACAUUACUACUGUGGGAUUGGAUCCGAUAAGAUCUUCGGACGCGACAUAGUUGAGGCUCAUUAUAAAGCUUGUCUUUAUGCUGGUAUUAACCACGGUGGAAUCAGUUCUGAAGUAGCACCAGGACAAUGGGAGUAUCAGGUUGGACCGUCUACUGGGAUUUCAGCUGGUGAUGAAUUAUGGGUUUCUCGAUAUAUCUUGAAAAGAAUUGCUGAGAUUGCUGGUGUUGUUGUCUGCUUCGACCCAGAACCAGUGCAAAAGGGUUGGAAUGGUGCUGGAGCACAUACAAAUUUCAGCACUAAAACCAUGAGAAAUGAAGGAGGGUUCAAAUUUAUUAGGGAGGCCAUUGAGAAGUUGGGACUCAAGCACAAAGAACACAUUGCAUUUUACGGCGACGGGAAUGAACGACGUCUUACGGGGAAGAAUGAGACUGCAAAUUAUAAUAAUUUCAUAUGGGGAGUUGGAAAUAGGCAAGUUUCUAUUCGAGUUGGAAAAGAUGUUGAAAAAGCAGGAAAAGGGUAUUUCGAAGAUCGUCGUCCGGGAUCGAACAUGGAUCCGUACUUGGUUACUUCCAUGAUAGCCGAAACUACUCUUCUUUGGAAACGAAUGUAAUAGU